AUGGGACCUCCGAGGCCAUUUAUCGCUAGAAGCUCUACAACGAGCGCAAAAGUUGGUCAAGAAGAUAGACCUGAUUGUCUACAAACUGAAGCGCCAUGUACUUCUGCUAGAGUAGAUGAAGAAAUUUUGUUGGAUAGAUCAGAUGAACGGGAAACUGACGAUGGCACUACCGGUACACCACAGGUAGUGCCAUCGUCAGAUGGUGAUGAUAUCAUUGAGGAACCAAAAUCGGGGAUGGAGUUCAAUUCGUUUGAAGAUUUGUUCAGCUAUUAUAACUUUUAUGGUAAAAAAUGUGGAUUUGGGGUGAUGACACAAAUGAGUGAAAGAGAAGUGAGUGAGUCCGUUAAAAGAGUCCUAGACACAAAUGACUUAGCUGGCAUCCGAUUGAAUAAGAGUUACGGAUCUCUUGUCGUUGGAGCGGGUGGCUUUGAGAACCUCCCAUUUUUGGAAAAGGAUUGUCGCAAUUACAUCGACAAAGCACGACAUCUACGACUUGGGGCAGGUAGUGCUGGAGCACUUCAAGAUUAUUUUAUGAGGAUGCAGUACAAGAAUAACGGAUUUUUUGCAUUGAUGGAUUUAGACGAUGAUGGGAGGUUAAAAAAUAUUUUUUGGGCAGAUCCACGUAGUCGGGCAACCUACCAGUAUUUUGGAGAUGUAGUUACAUUCGACACCACAUACCUGACGAAUAUGUAUGGGAUGCCAUUUGCACCAUUUGUUGGUGUAAACCACCACGGCCAGUCGAUUCUUUUGAGAGCUGGGUUGAUUUCCAGUGAGGACACGGAGACAUUUACAUGGUUAUUCCAAACCUGGUUGCAGUGUAUGGACGGUAUAGCUCCAAAGACUAUUAUUACUGAUCAAGACAGAGCAAUGAAAAAUGCAAUUGCUAUUGUCUUUCCAGAAACUCGACAUAGUUUAUAUGCAGAGCGUGAGAAUUGGGUACCAGUUUUCCUGAAAGAGCAUUUUUGGGCUGGAAUGAGUACAACCCAGCGCAGCGAGAGUAUGAAUGCUUUUUUUUACGGUUAUGUUCAUUCAAAGACAAACUUAAAGGAAUUUAUCAACCAAUUUGACAGCGCGCUGAAGAAGAAAAUUGAGAAUGAAAAUCAUGCAGAAUUCCAGUCAUUUAGCCAGGUCAUUCCCUGCAUAUCUAGAUCUCCAAUUGAAAAGAAAUUCUAA